GACGAGAAAUAAAAAAAUUCGUCAAACUUACACGCUUACUUUUCCUUUCUUAUUUCUCAAAUUUGAUAUGUAUUAUGAUAUUGACAUUUCGAUAUAUAUGAAUUCUAUUUCUCUUGUAAAUGUUACAUAAUAUGAUAUAUAGGUAUUUCCUAAGUUCGAAGCUUUUAAGUACUCGUGGUUACUGGCAUUCGUAGUACGAUUGCGAGAGUUUUAACAAAAUUAUAUUUUUGAACAUUAAAAUGUACAUAUUAAUUUGUGGCUAGAAAUAUAAACUGUCGUAAGCAUUUGUUCGAUCAAAGACAAAAGUGGCCGGUAACCUUAACCAAAAAGAUGCCUGAACCUAACGAUACAAAUGUGUCUGCAUCGCCUGAUAAAACAGAUACAUCGGAACAAAAAAAUGAAAUAGAUGAAUAUAAUUGGAUGAUAAGACCAUGUGAAGUCUAUAAAGAAGAAUAUGAUGACUGCAGAAGCAUAUCAGCACGCUUGCAUCAGCACUUUAUAUUUGGGAAAUUACUCGAAUGCACGCAAUGGAAAACUGAUUAUCACAACUGUUACGUUUGGACGAAACAUAAAUCUAAAAAAGCAUAUGAUGAAUUAAUAGCCAGUGAAAAAAAUCGGAGAAUGGAGAGAUUACGACCUCAUUAUAAAAAUGAUGUUUGGUCCAGAAGAGAUACACCGCCUGAAAAUUGGAACGAACCGUUACCUCAGUGGCUGCAAGACAAAUAUGAACAUUCGUAUUUAAAAUAUAUGAGCGAGGAAUUGAAAAACCCUGAUGUUGCUAAAAAAAAUACCGCAAAUAGUUCUUGUAGUAUAAUUUAGGAGCGCUAGAUUUUUCUAAUAUUAUGAAAGAUUAAUAAACUAAGCA